AUGUUGGGGAAGAAGUUUUAUGCGGUUAAGAAGCUAGCCAAGAAGGUUCAGUCUAUGAAGAAGGUUGAUUCUGAACAGUCGCAACGUCAUUCUCUGCUAAAAGACAGUGGUGAUCACGAAGAUGAUCAGUACUCCACCCCUACCGGCUUUUUGGCUGUGUAUGUGGGAGAGGACAGGAAGAGGUUCGUCGUUCCCACGGGGUACCUGUCUCACCCUUUAUUCAAGAUGCUGCUAGAAAAGGCGUACAAAGAGUUUGGUUUCAAGCAGAUGAGUGGAUUGGUGGUUCCUUGUAGUGUCGCUGCAUUUCAAGAAGUGAUAAGUGCAGUGGAAUGUUGCAAUGGAAAUUUUGAUUUCGGAAACUUGGUUGAGGAGUUCCUUUCAUAG